GUGCAAUCUUAGAACAUUUUACCGUGCAACUGGGCGAAAGUAAUGAUACCAAAUUGAAAGAGCACCGUCAUCUAGUGACAAGUCCUACAGUGAAUGCCUUUUUAAUUUUGUUGUAUUAUAAAACCAUGUAUUUCCGGUUUGUAGAUACAGAUGGCGCUUGUUGCUGUUAGCCGACUAAGUUGAAAGUACGGUUUUAGUUCAUUACAGCUGUAGUGACGAAGUGACCAUUUUAUUCUUGAAUCAUUAUAAUCCGUAUGGUGGAUGCUAAAUGUUACCAUUCAAAAAAAAAAAAAAAUUUUAGUAGUUUUAUGUUAUCAUCAUUGUAUAUAUUUUGAGAUAUAGUUUAAACAAAUAAAUUAUAAAAACUGCCAUAAUUUUAAUUUAAUUUAAAACAGUAAAAACUUGAUCUAAAUAAUUAACAAAAUUCGCGUCGUAGUAGUUAUUUUGUACUUUUUACUUGCAGUAAUGAAACAAGCUGUCAACAAUCAAUGGCGGUCUGUCUGUCGUUAGUGCCGGUUGUUUUUGUUGAUAAAUUCAUCAAUUUAUAACCUAGUGCUUCUCCGAAUCUCCGUAAUUCUUCAAGUUGAGCCACUGCUCCUUGGGUUUACGUCGAGUGUUUUCAUCAAACUAGUGCUUCUCCGUGAAUUCGUUGAGUUGAGCCCUUGCUCCUCACGAUUAGCGUCGAGUGUUUGUUCUAGUAUUUUUCGAGAUAGAGACUCUGAGACUAUAGUGCUUCUAAGUGACAUUACCAUGUCUAGUAAACGUUGUUGUGUUCCUCAGUGUGUGGAAGUCGAAGGCUCUUACAGAGUUCUUCAUUGGUUUCCAAACCCUGAUAAGGACAUUGCUCGUUUCCGAACAUGGGUUCAUGCUAUUGGAGGAGAAAUUUUGAGUCUGAGCAAUGAAAAUAUUUAUAAACUUCGUCGAGUUUGUCAUGCUCAUUUCGAAGAGAAAUAUUGUUGCCGUUACAACAAAAUUUCUAACAUAGCUGUUCCAACAUUACAUAUGCCAGGACCUUUAUCAAAAUUUAUCUGCACUGAUAGAAAACCAUUGAGGGAAGUUGAAAAUUUACCUUCUACUUCAAAAGGUCAGUACCUACACCUAAACUUCACAUAAAGGUGCUAACACAGCAGUUGUGUAAUGAAAAUGAAACAUUCUAUAAUCUUAUAGAAUGUUUCAUAACACUUGUUGUCUGAAAGUUUCAAGUUGUUUUGUGAGAAAAUCUUCAAAAGUAUGUAAAUUGUAACAAAAUAUUGUCAUGUUACACAAUGUUUUAUAACAUUAUAACUGAUGUGUCAACACUUCAAGAAGAUUUAAGGAGAUAAUGUUACUUAGCAUGUCUAUUUUACACUUGUAAUUUGACCAGAACUGCUACAGUGACUGAAAUAAUGCUCAGCCAAAGUAAUACUAUGUAUUCGUAAGUGCAUAUAUUAUUUUUGCAUGUUUUGUUUUACUAUAACCUCUACAACUUUUAACCCAGCUGGUAAUAACUUGGUUUAAGCCCAUGCUAUCAGUUCCUGGCUACCUAGUUAGCCAAGCAAAAGCAAUACAUGCAAAAAAAUAUGUAUUUCUUAGCCAUACACUUCAAUUUUGAUUUAAAGUAACUAUCUGAAUAAGUUUUUCUAUAAAUUGGCAUUUAAAGGAUAAAUGCCUGUUAUAUAUAUAUCGGUCCCUACACACAAACUGACAGAAAAGUUGAUGUUUACAGGAAAGCAUUUUUAAUUUUCAAACUGCUCUAAGAAUUAUUUUAAGAGCAGAUAUAUAUUUAAUUUAAUGCAAAUUUAUUUCAUGCAACAGCA